GAACCGGUGGCUUGCUCGCAGUGAGUGUUGGAUAUAAGGGGUGUGAGAAUAGCUGUGUUCUUGGUUCUGAAUCAUACAUUAUAGUGGGCGCUGUGUAUAAAACCUAGAGGAAAUGUCGCUACACCCCUUCUUUCUUUUUUCGGAUAUUAUAUAUACAUGUUAAUGUAUUUGAAAGCAUUUCCAGUUUUUCGGCUUCUAGCGUCCUCUACAUUUGGAGUAUAACUCAUAGUAUCAACAAUCAGGGAUUAUUACAGUGUAAACGACAAUUGAGUGAUAUUUGGGACAUUAUACACGAAGAAAGAGCCCCUGUUGAUUUUAACUGGGUGGUAAACAAGAACAGCAAGCAUGAAAGCCACCGACUGUCUUACCUGUGCUUUAUCAGUAACAUUCCUUAUACUUCUUACAACAUGCCAGGGCCAGAGAUCACCUAGAUUUAUUACGAGACCAGCAGGUAGUUAUUACGUCACAAAGAACAGACCAGCAUCUAUUGUCUGUGAAGCUGAAAAUGUGGACAGUAUUCGAUUCUCAUGCGCGAAAGAAAUCCCCAUCAAUAAGUUACAAGUUGUAGGCCGUGUUCAACCCUCAGGAAAAGAAAUAAUUAAAGGUACCUUGGAAGUGACCAAGGCCGAUAUUCGUGGAUAUGAAACGAGAAACCCCUUUUGGUGUGAAUGUAUAGGAGAUGUGACGUCAGGAAGACCCAUCAGAACCAGGCGAACGCAAAUUAGUACAGCAUUUUUGAAAAAAGAAUUUGUAGAAGAACCAAGAAGUAAAUCUGCACCAAUAGGUAGUAAAGUAGAAUUGAUGUGUUCACCACCAGCAGGACAACCAACACCAACAAUUUCAUGGUUAAAAGACGGACGAAAGGUCCACGCCAACGAUAACAAUUUUGAAGUGGACAGCCGAGGUUUACUGAUCAUCAAGAAAUUUAGAAGAAAAGAUGUUGGUCAAUAUUCCUGCCUUGCUAGAAACUCUGCUGCUAAAAGAACUAGUGCUCCUGCUCAAUUAUCUAUUGGUGAUUCUACUGAGGAAGAUCGACUUGAAGCUUCUGAUGCUCCUUUAGAAGAUGGUCCAAUCUAUGAAAAAUCACCCGAUUCUUUAUAUUACGUCACUGCUGAUGAACCCGUUGACAUCACGUGUCGGGUCAAUGGAGCCAAGAUUUUAACUGUCAGAUGUAACAAUCGUCGACUGGGUGACGAAGAUCAAAGAAAACAAGAAUUCCCCAACCCUCAGGGAGGUACCAUCUAUGAAACAACGUUCACUGUUAAAGAAGAAGAUAUAAGACGCUAUGGUAUUGAUGGUAGCUACGCGUGCAACUGUAUAUCUUGGUAUACUGAACCAGGUGUUCAGGGCUGGAAGAGCAAACCAUCAUCGAAGGGUUAUAUUGAAGUCGCUUUCCUUGGUGAACAAUUUGUUGCUGAACCCGAAAGUCAAGUUGUAGGUACUGAUGGUUCUGUUACCAUGGCAUGUGGAGCACCAAAAUCAAAGCCACCAGCAGAAAUUAGAUGGUAUUUUAACGGUGAGGAAAUUGAUACUAGAAGUGGUUAUUAUGUAGUAGAUGAAGAUGGUAGUCUCACUAUUGAAUCUGCAUCUAUAAGUAAUGGUGGUGAUUACCAGUGCUCGGCUUCCAAUGUAGCUGGUGUUAGAUACAGUGGAAACGCUAGACUUACAGUAGAAGAUGGUUUUGUUAAACCAAGAGUCGAGGUUACCCGACCACCACCAACUAGACCUGUUGCUAGACCAGAACCAACAACUCCCGGAAGAGCUCCCGGGGAAGCUUACUUCAGCACUCCUCUAGAACCUGUAUAUUAUAUGGCUCAAGGCAGGGAUGUGCCUAUUACUUGUGGUGUUAAAAACGCUGAUAUGGUCACCUUCAGAUGUAACAGACGUCGUUACGACCCAAAAGAAAUUGAAAGCAAACAGACGUACAACAGAGCUGUAGGAAAAUUUGACAUUGAAGCAACUAUUACAGUUACCGCUGAUGAUCUGAAGAGUGAAGAAUAUGCUUGUAUUUGUACAAUGUGGUAUACUGUUAGUGGUAAUUGGGAGAGGGAAGAAAGUCCUGAAGCAAAAGUAGAGAGAGCUUUUAUUGAAGACGAAUUCGCCAUGGAACCAGUGGACACACAGGUUCAAAUGGGAGUACCAGCAGAACUCAUGUGCACACCACCAUUCGGAGGUCCUGAACCUGAGGUAUCUUGGUUAAAGGAUGGUGUGAGAGUUGAUACAUCUCGUGAUAGGAAUAUUGAGAUCAGUAUAACCGGAAGUUUAAUUAUUAAUGAUAUGAGCCAACGAUAUGUUGGUCGAUAUGUCUGUGUUGCUACAAACACAGCUGGUACUAGGCAAACCCCACCUGCUGCCUUAACAACAUUCGCUGCCGUCACGGAACCCAUAACUGAAUCGAUCUUAGUUGAUGGUGCCUCUACUGCUGAACCAGAAUACUAUACACCAUCUGAAAUCGAACCAUCUAGUGAACCUGAGACGGAAAUUGGACACACUGUCCACCCAAUGUUCACCGAGCAACCAAAGAGCAUGUACUACAUCGUCAGGGGCCAGUCCAUCACCAUUACCUGUGCUGCUAAAAACGUAGACAGAAUCACAUUUAGAUGCAGCGGAUUCAUCGUUCCGGAUUAUCGGUAUGAAAACAAUGCUGUUGAAUCAGGAGAUGUUAUUAGUGUAUCCUUGGAUUUAAACAGAGAAGAUGCUGAAGGAUUUACUGAUGAUAACACUUGCGUAUGUGAUGGUCAUUACUUUCCUUAUGGAGCUGCAACUGAAGAACUUAUUUCUAGUAACCCCGGAUACAUUAAUUUAGCAUACCUAAAGAGACGAUUCCAGAAGAACCCAGAAAACACAAAAAGCAUGGCUGGUGUAAUGGCAGCCCUAUCGUGUACUCCACCAGAAGCCGUUCCAGCUGCCAAGGUAUACUGGACAUUUAAUGGAGUCAGAAUUGACAUGGAUGCUAUUGCCAAUAUUGUGAUGCCACCAGAUAACUCUUUGGUGUUGAUAAACCCAACUAGGGAAAACACUGGUGAUUAUGCUUGUGUUGCUGAAAAUGUUGCUGGUCGGAGAGUUAGUAAUACUGCUACAUUAACUGUAGAAGAAGCCACUGGUGGAGUAGUCGUUAUUCCGGAUGUAGUUCCAACAUACCCAGAAACCACAAGUGAACCGGAAGUUGAAGUAGAUGCAGAACCCGCUGUUACAACAGAACCGGAACCAGAACCCGAGCCUAAACCGGAACCGGAACCGACACCCGAAUCGGAACCGGAAAAAGAGACAUAUAAGACAACUGACGGUAGCCACACACACGCAGUAGAAUAUACUACUGCGUUACCAGAAAUAAUGGAAGAAUAUUUGACAACAGAGACCAUUAUGGGUAAUGAGAUUGGAGUGGAAUUAGAAACCGGAGAAGCCAUGGAAUCAGAAAAUACAACCGCAUCAAAAAUGACAUCAAAAAUGGACGUGGAAGAAUCGGUCGUCGAUUUGACAACUGACGAAUCAGUUGUCGUUAGUGAGGUUGCGGUUACAUCUGAACCCCUAGAAAUUUUACCCAUGACAACCGAAACCAUGGAAAUCGACGCCAUGGUAACCGAAACAAUGGAUACUGAUGACAUGACAACAGAGUCCAUGGCAAUAGACAACAAUGUAGAUCACGUGGUAACUUCUGAUAAAAAAGGAAAUAAGGGAAAAAAACGUAAAAAUAAACAGAGGGCAAUGUGCCAGGAAAAAAUGUCAAGCUGUGGAAAUUAUUUGGGACAGAUGCGACCAGCCGAAGAUAGCAGUGACAAAGUUGCUAAAUGCCUAGCUGUCCAGGAAUAUUCAAAUUGUGUUAAUAGAUAUAUUGACGAAUGUAGAGGUCUCAUGACCGAUGAAAUACUGGACACUAUUGAACAUACACAAACUAGUUUAAUGGAAGACUGUAGAGUUUCAGAAAACGAGAUUAUUGUCGAUAAUAACCUAAAACCAUAUGCAGCCUGUACCCAGUUACAAAUGUGUACCAAGGACUUUACUGAUAACUAUUCACCUACGCUCAAUGAUGCCAAUUCGGCCUGCAAUGUUCUAACUAAUAUGUUAAGAUGUGGAGAUGGAGCUCUAAGUAUAUGUAAUAUACCCAACUAUGUGGAAGGCACAGAAACAACACUGGCUACCGUUGGUGAAUGGUACUCAGAUUAUUGUACAAAUAUUAUUAUGGAAAGACCAUCAUUCGUAGCCUGUGAAAGUUUACGUGCCUGUAAUUCGCCAUUAAAUGCAUCUACAUCUGUACAAGAUAUGUAUAAUGUUAAUGUCUGGUGUCCUUACACCCAUGACGUAAUAGCUUGUACAAUCAACGCUCUAGAUAAUUGUCAACCCGAAGAAAGGCCAAGCAUAGAAACAGAACUAAGAAGAUUGACAGCAGAAGCUUUACAGAUAUGUCCAAAAGCUGGAGUUAAAGAUGAAGUUAUUCCUCGUGAAAGUCAAGAAACCGGUGGAAAUGCAGCAUCCAUGCCAGUUACUUCAGUCAUUUUGUUGUCUUUCGUUCAAGUAGUCUUUAUGUUUGUUUUAUCGCUAAGGUAGAGGCGUGGUACAAUUAGCUAUUUUUAGUAUUGAUUAAUUUUGUGACUCCUUGCAGAACGUGAUUGCUAAAUGGAAUAUCCGGUCGCUCUUGUGCCCCUUAUGCCGUUACUUGUUACAUCAUCAUUAUCUAUUUCCACGUGUCACUUCUUUUUAUUGAGGGCGUAAGGGGGAACAAGGGCCAGUAAUAUGUAGAAUGAUUAAGGGACUUCGAUAUCACGUCACGUGCUAAAUAUUUAUUACAUAGUAUAUUUGAAUAACUUGAAUAAAUAUACAUUUUAUAAUGUACCUUUGUAUCUAAAAUGCAAUAUAUAUAUAUAUUAUAAUCUCAUGUAUUUACAACAUUCAGAAGAAAGCAAUCAAGAAUUUAACAAUCGCAGACAUUUUUAGAACUUCAUCACGUGGUUGCUAAGUAGUAGUGACACUGUUGUGCAAGAAAGCCACUGUGUGUACAUAUAUGGUCCUAGAUAUUUUAUAUGUGUUGUUGAUAAUUCUAUUCACUGUGUUUGUACAGUUUCUACUUUCAAUUUGAAUUCUUUGUUGUGUCCGACUGCUGUACUGCCUUCAAUUAAAUCAUCAUUAAAUAUUAAUUUCGUUUCGGAAAUAUUCUCGAUCCUUUAUUUAACCGAAAAUAUAAACGAAUAAAAUUAAGAUUUAAUUUUAAUUUGAUUAUUUUUCCUUUUGUCGUUUAAUUUUUGAACCCUGUAUAUUUUUCCUUGGAUUUUUUUUUCGGUUCUUUGAAAAUUAGGUUUAGCGUAAAUAAUAACAUAAGUUUGUAUACACCAUCAUAAAUUAUAUAAAUAGGAAAACAUGUUCAUUUAUUGUAUAACUAACAACAAAUUGUAUUAAUAUAAUAUUUAAUCCCAUAUGUACAUAUUUUAUCUAGUGUAGUUUUAGGUUUUAUUUUGUUAUAACUGACAUUUGAAAAAAAAAAUCUGGUAUUGGUGCAAGGAGACUUCUUUUUAAAUUAAUUCGUUUUACACACUCAACUUCCGGAAUAAUGGUUUCGAAUGACAUUUAGUAAUUAAACUUGAAAUGCGCAGGUCACAGUUCUAUGGAAUACAAUAACUGCUUAUCGCUGAAACUAGUCGAAACGUCGUUCAGUAAUAAACAGUAAUUGUUUUCCAUAGAAUAAUAUCCUGUGUCUCUUCGUAGUGAAAUUCAAAAUUUGAAAGCGAAUCCAUUUUCAAAGGGAAGUAAUUCAGGCUAAGUGUCGAGUUUGAAAAUAAGUUUCCCCGAUCCGAUGCCGCGGAUGUUAUGAUACAUUUUUAAUAUUUUGAAUGCAUGGUUUAUAUAUAAAUAAUCUUAUCCAGUUAAUAAUUAUUCUUAAAGAUAUUUAAUUAAUUAUUGUCUUUAAAAAAGGUGGUACAGCUUUUGAUUGUAGUAUCUGUAGAUAUUUUGAAUUAAGCUUGAAAUCGCGAUGGAUAAUCUUUUAUGACGAACUCAGGUCGCACACUAUGGAUAUCAGCCAAAGAAAGUCCGGCCAAGCUUCGGUUUUUAUUGAAACAAAUACAUUAACAAAAAUGAUACGUUUUCAUGGAAUCGAAGCUAAAAUAUUACUCGGUAGUUUUAAUGCCUUUUUAAGAAUAUUUCUUAUGCAAUAAUACCGUGCCUUAUUGAUGAUCCUCUUGAGUUAAAUGAAGCAAGCAACUCUGUGAUAGCUGAUAUAUUGGGUUGUUAAAACCUAUGGGCAGCUGCAAAGGGUUAAUAGCAUGUGUUAUACAGUUGUUAAUGAUGAACUACCGGGUAAUAUGAGAAUGAUACACUGUGAAUAUCAUUGUUUUCAUGUUAUAAAGAAGAAUGAAUGUUUUGUUAUCGUUAAUUAUAACCAAGAUGCUGAUAUUCAGGUUGCUGAAUCUAAGUUCUGAUUAGAGAUUAACCCUCAAACUUAACGUUCACUUUUUUCAACUGCUGAAUUUUUUGGUAUGAUUUAUGUGUCUUCAGUGUAGCUGCGUUUUUUUUUCUAAUAAAGCGAUUUGUGUUUUACUAAAA